AUGACGGGCAAUGAAUUACUCACGCUUUGGCAGCAGACGCCUUCUUGUUGCGAGGACGAGCGGGAUAGUUUACAGCGCUUGACUUCACCGCUUGCGGACUCGGAGGCUGAGAACGAGCCUCAACCUCAAACGUUACCGACCUCUUAUCGCGAUCAGCACCCUAUCACACGCAAUUCGCGACGUCCGACUUCACCUCGCGCGGUAUCCAAAACACGGGAAUUCAGUCAACAAACUUCCGACCUUACACACUUCUACACUCAGCAUAGCUCGCAACGUCCGACUUCAGAGAGAUCGAGGGAACCCCAGUCUGGGUUCCACUCUUUGCAACAGCUCACAGAUUCAGAUUUGUUCUACAAUCUUCUCCACAAUCGCCAACAAGUAUAUCGUAAUACUACAAGACUCUCCACUGAGCAGCCUACCCAACAACGAAAACAAUCGACGACGCAUAGCCUUAACGCUCUUAUGAAAAAUCCUCAUCAGACUUCCGCACUCAUCCACGAUCACUUUCAACCGGCAGAGCUUUUAGACCCAAAUAAGAUGGUACGAAAGCCAGUCACACGGGCGGCGUCGGCUAAGAAGAAGGGGACGCCCUCAAAGACCCCACCUAAGACCACAAAAAAGGCCGACGACAGCAAAACGAGGAAACGACGCGCUGAGAGUACGAAAAGUCCAAGACCUUCCAAAAAGACGAAGACAGAAGAAAAGCCGGCACAAGCUGCAAACACGAAGAAAAAAGUACUGAUCGUCAAGCUUGGAACUACCAGGCGCAAACCAAUCGUACUUGAUGACAGUGAUGAGGAUGAGGACGAUGUUCCUUUGACGGUUAGAUAUCGUACCCGCUCGCUACUACUGAUGGCUAAGGAUGAGAGCGCUACUCCGGCUCCAAAUUUUGAUGCGACCAUAUAUCCGAGCAUCGAAGGUCUCCCGGAGAUGGAGACGUUGGAUUAUAAACCCGAUAUCCAGUCUCAUCUUUCCACGAACGAUUCGAAAGUUGAUUCGGCACUUGCGGAUGCCGAGAAGAGAUAUGAGCUGGAGUUGAAGCAACUACGCCAGGAAUUGGAGGCUGCACAAGCUAAGAUCGAGCAAAUGGAAAAGAGCAAUGCUGAUGUGCAGCUACAGCGUGAGCGAGACGACCAGAUUGCCAGACAAGAACUCGAUGAUCGAGAGAAAGAGCACACCAGAUUGUCCGAUGAGUUUGAGGCGGAGAAGACCAAGUUCAGCACAGCUACGAAAGAGCGAGAUGCGCUUCAGCUCGAGGUCGACCAACUCCGAAUAGAGCGCAGCCAAGCUCAGGCUAUUCAUCUUCAAUUCGAAGUGGAGCGUAAGCAGUACCAACAAGAACGUAAUGAGCUCCAGAACAACUUCAACCAGCACCAGCAAGAGCGCGUCAGACUUCAAAACGAGCUUAACCAGCUCCGCACAGAGCUCGAGACCGCUCGAACAGAGUCUUCACAACACACACAACUAAAACAAGACCACUUCGCCCUCCAACGUGAUCUCGAGCAAGAGAAAGAGGGGCACGCCAACCUCCUCCUAACCAUCAGCAAACAACAACCCACACAUCCAGACUCAGCACAAGACUCACAAGACUCGCACACCCCCCUCCGCAAAGACAGCGAGUCCUUUUCCCAACCACCACCCUCACGCCUCCCCUUCUCCCCCGCCCCAUCCUCCGCGUCUACCACCGACGAGAAAAAAACGGAAAAUAUCCGAACGACAUUCAUCAAGGUUAAUCGUAAAUAUAGCGCUCUGCGUAGCGUGGCGGCGAAACUGACUACGUGCACGAGGACUAUGGAUCUAAGCAGCUUUGGCGAGUUCGGGAAGUAUUGCAGGCAGUUGGGGAUGGUGCUGAAGGACGAUGAGGUGGAUAGGGGGGUGGAUGGUGGGGGGUAG